AUGUGCAUUGAUGAAAUUGAAAUGGAAGAAAUCAAAAGAGAACCUUCCGCCGACUCUGAUCCUAUAUGGCAAGCGUCUAGUGAGAAGAUAACAACGGAUACAAUCGAUAAGGUGGAAGAAAGUAGCCAGUCGGAACCAUCAUUUUCUGCAAUAGCAUCGCACAACGAAAACCGGUAUCGACGUCAACGGUGCAACUAUUGCUCCCUACUAUUCUACAGCGAUAAAACACUGACGAAUCAUCAAAAGAAGUGUCAGCAGGUGUAUGAGAAAUUAAAUGCAGCACCAAAGAUGCCUAUCGCUAAGAAUGAGGAAGUAGGUAGCUGCAGCCGUCCAGAAAAUGUUGCUGCGGAACUGCAACCGCAAGAUUUUAAGGGCGCAUGUACCUCGCCGGUGGCGAAAGUUAUAGCCAACCUCCAAGCUGAGACUGUACCAUUAGUGUCAAAUGGCGAUUCGGAUCCCUUGGCAUGUGAUUUACCUCCAUUAGUUCCAAUUACUAUUUCCUCUCCAGUUCUGAGAGAUUCACUGAAAAACGAAACUGUCAUGCAAUACCCUACCUCAUUAGAAAUCACCGUACAAUUGGAGCAGCUUAAGAAUGCAGUGACGAAGUUGAGAAGCGAGAAUAGCCAGUUACACGAAUCGUUGGGAGUGCCCACGGACCGGCCAAUUCUUAUGGAUCGCAGUGUUUUGAAUGACUUCGAUUUCGAACCGCUUGAUACGCGCAAUCAGCUGGAGGAAUUCGACGAAAACCUUGGCAGAGAUGCUGCGUUCGCCGAUAAAAUGGGCUGUUGGCUUAGCAGUGAAACUGGGGAUUGCAGUCCUAAAACAAGCAUUGCUCGUUCAAUAGAUCUCCUCUUUAGUCGCCAACUGUUCGCUAACUGUAGCUGGGCUGGCAUGGGCCAAAAAAUCCCAUUUUCUAAAUUUAAAAAUAUCCACAAAUUAUUGCGGCGGUUGUCUAGUGUAAAGGGAUGCAAAGAGCCAACGGAUAUCACUAGAUCUAUGUUGCAGAAAAGACUGAAGCAGGCCAAAGCGAGACUGCAAAUCAAUCCUGGGCGUAAAACAUUCUGCAAAAACAAAUCUCGCAUCAGAAGCCCAAGCAAUGACGCUUCACAUUUUGAAGUUGCGACUAUCAUCGAUGGCACAAAGGAUUCACCCGCAAAUCAAAGCAACACUGAUACUUCUAAUACUGAUGUGUUCACGGAACGACCAAUUCUGCUAGAUCGCAGUGUUUUGAUUGACUUCGACUUCGAACCGCUUGAUACGCGUAACCAGCUGGAGGAAUUCGACGAAAACCUUGGCAAAGAUACUUCGUUCGCCGAUAAAAUGUGUUGUUGGCUUAGCAGUGAAACUGGGGUUUGCUGUCCUAAAACAAGCGUUGCGCUUUCCCUGGACCUCCUCUUUAGUCGCCAACUGUUCGCUAGCUGUAGCUGGUCUGGCGAUAGUCGGAAGGGGCCAAAAAUCCCAUUUUGUAAAUUUGAAAAUAUUCACAAAUUAUUGCACCGAUUGGCUAGUGCAAAGGGAUGCAAAGAAGCAGCGGAUAUGACUGAAGCUAUGUUGCGAAAAAGGCUGAACAAUGCCAAAGCGAGACUGCAAUUCAAUCCUGGGCGCAAAACGUUUUGCAAAAACAAAUCCCGCAUCAAAAGCCCAAGCAAUGACGCUUCGAACGACUUCCACUUUGAACCGCUUGUUUCGUUUGGUCAGCUGGAAAAAUUAGACGAAAACCUUGCCAAAGAUGCUGCGUUUGCCGAUAAAAUGUGUUGUUGGCUUAGCAGUAAAACUGGUGUUUGCAGUCCGAAAAAAAGCGUUGCGCGUUCGCUGGACCUCCUCUUUAGUCGCCAACUGUUCGCUAGCUGUAGCUGGUCUGGCGAUAGUCGGCAGGGACCAAAAAUCCCAUUUUGUAAAUUUGAAAAUAUUCACAAAUUAUUGCGGCGGUUGGGUAGUGUAAAGGGAUGCAAAGAAGCAGCGGAUAUGACUGGAGCUAUGUUGCGAAAAAGAUUGAGCCAAGCCAAUGCGAGACUGAAAAUUAAUCCUGGGCGCAAAACAUAUAGCAGAAAAAAAUCUCCCAUCAGAAGCCCACACAAUGACGCUACAUAUGUUGGGAAUGCGGGCACUGAGGAUUCACCCACAAAUCAUAACAACACUGGUACUUCCACAAGUGCUGAUGUGUCGAUCGUUACACCAUCAAUGGGGCAGGUUUUCUCAUUGAUUAACAAUGAUGCAGCUGGCGAUAUGAUCAAGAGAGAACAGUCCGCCGACUCUGAUCUUAUUUGGCAACCGUCUAGUGAGAAGAUAACAACGGAUACAAUCGAUAAGAUAGAAGAAAGUAGCCAGUCGGAACCAUCAUUCUCUGCAAUAGCAUCGCACAACGAAAACCGGUAUCGACGUCCACGGUGCAACUAUUGCUCCCUACUAUUUUUCAGCGAUAAAACAUUGACGAAUCAUCAAAAGAAGUGUCAGCAGGUGUAUGAGAAAUUAAAUGCAGCACCAAAGAUGCCUAUCGCAAAGAAUGAGGAAGCCUGA